AUGGUCAUGGUAGAGGGGACAGCAAUGCUUAGGCGGAACAGGCCAGGCACGAAGGCGCAGGAUUUCUAUAAUUGGCCUGAUGAAUCAUUUGAUGAAAUGGACAGUACACUUGCUGUUCAACAGUAUAUUCAGCAGAAUAUAAGGGCAGACUGCUCCAAUAUUGACAAAAUUCUUGAACCACCUGAAGGCCAAGAUGAAGGUGUAUGGAAGUAUAAACAUUUAAGGCAAUUCUGUCUUGAACUAAAUGGACUUGCUGUCAAACUUCAGAGUGAAUGCCAUCCAGAUACCUGUACUCAAAUGACAGCAACUGAACAGUGGAUUUUUCUUUGUGCAGUUCAUAAAACUCCAUAAGAGUAUCCUGCUAUAGAUUACACAAGACACACGCUUGAUGGUGCUGCAUGUCUUCUGAAUAGCAAUAAAUAUUUUCCCAGCAGGGUUAGCAUAAAAGAAUCAUCUGUAGCAAAACUAGGGUCAGUGUGCCGUAGGAUUUAUAGAAUAUUUUCACAUGCCUAUUUUCAUCACCGGCAGAUAUUUGAUGAAUAUGAAAAUGAAACAUUUUUAUGUCAUCGGUUUACUAAAUUUGUGAAGAAAUAUAAUUUGAUGUCAAAGGAUAACCUGAUUGUACCAAUUUUAGAAGAGGAAGUUCAGAAUUCAGUUUCUGGAGAAAGUGAAGCAUGAAGGGAGUCGUGUAGAACAAUGUACUGAUCACAUAAUUAACAAUUAUGUACUGUAUAUAUCUAUCAUUUUAGACAUGUCAAUCAUGUAUCCAUAGUAUAGCUUAUUUGUUUAGGGUAGGUUUUUGUAUGCUAUGUGUUGCCUUUUAAAAUGGGAAAUACAUUUUAAGUUAUUCAUGAGCUGUAUAUUCACUGGUGUGGCACUCAUGGUUUUUAAAUAAGUUUAGUGUUAUCUGUUUAUAAUGCUUGUUAAUAAAAGAAUUUACAGUUUGGUAAAAUUGCUGCUAAA